ACCAAACUGAAUCUCCUUGUAUUCAAAGCAAAAACAUUAAUUCUUCUACUUGAUUCUCGUAUUUUCCAUCUUUCAGAAAUUAAAGCUUGUGUUGGACAACUUAGAGAGAAGAUGAGUGUAGAGGUUCUGGACAGCGCCACCAUCGUCAACUUCAUCGAGGAUGAGAAGGCCUUCGAAGGUGUGGUUCAUGACCGAUUUGCUCGUUUGGACACAAACCACGACGGUUUACUGUCCUAUACAGAGAUGACGAAGGAGCUUCAGAGCCUCCGGGUGUUGGAAACCCAUUUUGGAAUCGAUGACAAGACAGACCCAGAUGAGCUUGCUGCAGUCUAUAGGUCCAUUUUUGUCCAGUUCGAUCAUGACUCCAACGGGGCUGUCGAUGUGGAGGAAUUCAAGGCGGAGACUAAGCGGAUGAUGCUUGCCAUGGCAAAUGGCCUCGGAUUUUUGCCUGUCCAAAUGGUCCUUGAGGAGGACAGCUUCCUAAAAAAAGCUGUUGAAUGGGAGUCUUCCAAAGUUGCUGCUGCUUGAAUUCUUCCUCAUAUAAUCUUAUGUUCAAUAUAUAUUAAUUCUCUGUGCCUUCGUCCCAAGCAGUUUUUUACUUUUUUUCUUUUCUUUU